AUGGCUGAGCCUGUGGUGCAGACCAUCUACAGGGAUCCUGCUCUGUUCUACUGGAUCCUGCUGCCCAUCACCGUCCUCCCUCAGAUCCUCACUGGUAUCUUGCGACACUACCUCUCGACUCUCCUGCAGUCCGCCCCUAAGCAGCAAGCCAUCAACCAUGUGCGCCAACAGCGUUCGCUUAUGCGCGGUGUCAAUCUUCGCAACAACUACCAGCAGCUCUCUCCGUCCUCUUUCGCUGCUCGCAAGGCAUAUAUGAUCCAAGCCUACAAGGACGGCUCCUUCCUCGCCGAGCCUGAGAUGCGCGGCCAGCCCAAGGGUAACCCAAUGGCCGACCCUGCUGCUAUGGAGGGUAUGAUGGGCAUGAUGAAGGGUCAGGUCGCCAUGAUGGUCCCUCAGAGUCUGAUCAUGGGCUGGAUCAAUGCCUUCUUCUCUGGAUAUGUCAUCAUGAAGCUUCCGUUCCCUCUGACUCCUCAGUUCAAGUCUAUGCUGCAGUCAGGUGUUGGUACCAGAGACCUUGACGUCCGAUGGGUUUCGAGUUUGUCUUGGUACUUCUUGACCCUUUUCGGUCUGCAACCCGUGUACAACUUCAUCCUCGGCAGUAACAACGCUGCCAGCCAGGUCACGCAGCAGAUGGCCCAGGCUCAGAUGGGCGCCAACCCCAUGGGUGGUCAAGAUCCCGACAAGGAUUUUUUGAACGAAGCAGAGAACCUCGAGGUUCUCGAACAUCAUUGCCUUCUCGAUGGUGUCGAGGACAGAUUGCUGUCCAGUGUAGCAUAG